AACAAGGCAAUGGGAGGAGGUGUAUCAUUCCGAGUGGCUCUUACAGAGAGACUGAACAUCGUCAAACCUUCACACAAAAACUUGUCUGACUUUGUGGCUCAGCACACUCCAGACUUUUCUCCAGGCAUCAAGGAGCUGGUGGCUGUGCUACAUGAGAAGAACAUUGCAGUUUAUCUAGUGUCCGGUGGAAUGACCUCCAUUAUAGAGCCUGCCGCUGAAAUCCUCUCUGUUCCGUUUGAAAACAUAUAUGCCAAUAAACUCAAGUUCUAUUACCAUGGUGACUAUGCUGGUUUUGAUGAGGACCAGCCAACCUCAGAAUCUGGUGGAAAAAAGGUCGUAGUUCAAAGGUUAAAGGACAAGUUUGGGUAUAAAAACCUUGUGAUGAUUGGUGACGGUGCCACAGACAUGGAAGCCUCUCCACCAGCGGAUGCAUUUAUAGGCUAUGGUGGUAAUGUGGUGAGGGAAAAGGUCGCACAGGGAGCACACUGGUUUGUGAAGGACUUCCAGGAACUCAUACAGGAAAUAAAGGAUGCCAGGAGUAGUUGAUCUACGUGUGUUUUGGCUUCAAAGGAAAAUCUUGUUAAACUCAAUAUUGUGUGUGGCAAUGUUUGCCUCGUAAAUCUUCAGAUCAACAAUGUCACUGGCCUUAUGUGUAGGCUAAUAGAGUCUUUUCUUAGGUUGAGGGUGUGACAGAGAAAUCUCCAACCCGAGAGGUUUAGUUUAAAUUUCUUUUAUUCAAG